ACAUAUUUCUUUCUUCUAGCCAGAGGCGGACUCCAGAUUUUCGAACCUGUGGGGAUUUUUAAAAGACUGAUAUUGGCUUGGGAGCUUUUUUGGGUUGGGGGCUUGCUGUGCAGAUGUGUUACAGAAAAGCGCUCAAUGGAAGGAAAUUCGUCUUAGAAAGAAGUAAGGGAUAUGUCUCAGAGAAUGAGAUGUUGCUGUGGGUAUUUGAAAUGAUAGACCGUGAAUAGGUAAGGAAAGAAGGUGCUAGGCUAUGGUAUCUCUCCAUCCCUUCAACACUCCACGUGUUUGUACCACGGCGGGGCGGAGGCAGGGAGGACCACGCUCUCCCGGUGUGGCGUGGCUAUACCAACUCUCAUAAAAUCUAGAAGGUGACGGAGCUAGCGUACAAGAGGUCGUCUUUAGUGGAGAGGCCUGAGGUCUCCGCAGUGACGGGGGUGGCAGCGCGACCCCUUAGUCUUCAACUACAGGCCAGUCCCAGGUGCCCCAAAGGGGCUAGAAGCUAAGGAGGAGUCUCCCCUCCCCCUAGAAGCGGGAGACAGCCUGGCCCGGAAGCUUCUCUGCUGACCCGGAAGCAGAGCUGUGCAGUUGAGGCGCCGCCGUGGAGCCGCCUUGGAGCCACCGCCCCCUCGCCGCUUCGCCGCUGCGUUGGGGAACCUGGACCGCGGCGGCGCCGGGUUGCCCUCAUGAUCCCGGGCGGGCGGCGGCGGCGGCAGAGGCGGCGGGAGGAUGACCUCUUACCGGGAGCGGAGUGCCGACCUGGCCCGUUUCUACACUGUCACCGAGCCCCAGCGACAUCCGAGGGGCUACACAGUAUAUAAGGUCACCGCCCGGGUUGUUUCACGAAGAAAUCCAGAGGAUGUCCAGGAGAUAAUUGUAUGGAAGAGAUACAGUGAUUUUAAGAAACUACACAAAGAACUAUGGCAAAUUCACAAAAACUUAUUCCGACAUUCAGAGUUGUUUCCUCCAUUUGCUAAAGGAAUAGUGUUUGGGAGAUUUGAUGAAACUGUUAUCGAAGAGAGAAGACAAUGUGCUGAAGACCUGCUACAAUUCUCUGCCAAUAUUCCUGCUCUUUACAAUAGUAAACAGCUUGAAGACUUUUUCAAGGGUGGAAUAAUUAAUGAUAGUUCUGAAUUAAUUGGUCCUGCUGAAGCUCACUCAGAUUCCCUCAUUGAUACCUUUCCUGAGUGUAGUACAGAAGGCUUCUCCAGUGACAGUGAUCUGGUAUCUCUUACUGUUGAUGUGGAUUCUCUUGCUGAGUUAGAUGAUGGAAUGGCUUCCAAUCAAAAUUCUCCCAUUAGAACUUUUGGUCUCAAUCUUUCUUCGGAUUCUUCAGCACUAGGGGCUGUUGCUUCUGACAGUGAACAGAGCAAAACAGAAGAAGAACGGGAAAGUCGUAGCCUCUUUCCUGGCAGUUUAAAGCCGAAGCUUGGCAAGAGAGAUUAUUUGGAGAAAGCAGGAGAAUUAAUAAAGCUGGCUUUAAAAAAGGAAGAAGAAGACGACUAUGAAGCUGCUUCUGAUUUUUAUAGGAAGGGAGUUGAUUUACUCCUAGAAGGUGUUCAAGGAGAGUCAAGCCCUACCCGUCGAGAAGCUGUGAAGAGAAGAACAGCUGAGUACCUCAUGCGGGCAGAAAGUAUCUCUAGUCUUUAUGGGAAACCUCAGCUUGAUGAUGUAUCUCAGCCUCCAGGAUCACUAAGUUCAAGGCCCCUUUGGAACCUAAGGAGCCCUGCCGAGGAGCUGAAGGCCUUCAGAGUCCUUGGGGUGAUUGACAAGGUUUUACUUGUAAUGGACACAAGGACCGAACAGACUUUCAUUUUAAAAGGUCUAAGGAAAAGCAGUGAAUACAGCAGGAACAGAAAGACCAUCAUCCCCCGCUGUGUGCCCAACAUGGUGUGUCUGCAUAAGUACAUCAUCUCUGAGGAGUCAGUAUUUCUUGUGCUGCAGCAUGCGGAAGGUGGCAAACUGUGGUCAUAUAUCAGUAAAUUUCUAAACAGAAGUCCUGAAGAAAGCUUUGACAUCAAGGAAGUGAAAAAACCUACACUUGCAAAAGUUCACCUGCAGCAGCCAACUUCUAGUCCUCAGGACAGCAGUAGCUUUGAAUCCAGAGGAAGUGAUGGUGGAAGCAUGCUUAAAGCUCUGCCUUUGAAGAGUAGUCUUACUCCAAGUUCUCAAGAUGACAGCAACCAGGAAGAUGAUGGCCAAGAUAGCUCUCCAAAGUGGCCAGAUUCUGGUUCAAGUUCAGAAGAAGAAUGUACUACUAGUUAUUUAACAUUAUGCAAUGAAUAUGGGCAAGAAAAGAUUGAACCAGGGUCUUUGAAUGAGGAGCCCUUCAUGAAGACUGAAGGGAAUGGUGUUGAUACAAAAGCUAUUAAAAGCUUCCCAGCACACCUUGCUGCUGACAGUGACAGCCCCAGCACACAGCUGAGAGCUCACGAGCUGAAGUUCUUCCCCAACGAUGACCCAGAAGCAGUUAGUUCUCCAAGAACAUCAGAUUCCCUCAGUAGAUCAAAAAAUAGCCCCAUGGAAUUCUUUAGGAUAGACAGUAAGGAUAGCGCAAGUGAACUCCUGGGACUUGACUUUGGAGAAAAAUUGUAUAGUCUAAAAUCAGAACCUUUGAAACCAUUCUUUACUCUUCCAGAUGGAGACAGUGCUUCUAGGAGUUUUAAUACUAGUGAAAGCAAGGUAGAGUUUAAAGCUCAGGACACCAUUAGCAGGGGCUCAGAUGACUCAGUGCCAGUUAUUUCAUUUAAAGAUGCUGCUUUUGAUGAUGUCAGUGGUACUGAUGAAGGAAGACCUGAUCUUCUUGUAAAUUUACCUGGUGAAUUGGAGUCAACAAGAGAAGCUGCAGCAAUGGGACCUACUAAGUUUACACAAACUAAUAUAGGGAUAAUAGAAAAUAAACUCUUGGAAGCCCCUGAUGUUUUAUGCCUCAGGCUUAGUACUGAACAAUGCCAAGCACAUGAGGAGAAAGGCAUAGAGGAACUGAGUGAUCCCUCUGGGCCCAAAUCCUAUAGUAUAACAGAGAAACACUAUGCACAGGAGGAUCCCAGGAUGUUAUUUGUAGCAGCUGUUGAUCAUAGUAGUUCAGGAGAUAUGUCUUUGUUACCCAGCUCAGAUCCUAAGUUUCAAGGACUUGGAGUGGUUGAGUCAGCAGUAACUGCAAACAACACAGAAGAAAGCUUAUUCCGUAUUUGUAGUCCACUCUCAGGUGCUAAUGAAUAUAUUGCAAGCACAGACACUUUAAAAACAGAAGAAGUAUUGCUGUUUACAGAUCAGACUGAUGAUUUGGCUAAAGAGGAACCAACUUCUUUAUUCCAGAGAGACUCUGAGACUAAGGGUGAAAGUGGUUUAGUGCUAGAAGGAGACAAGGAAAUACAUCAGAUUUUUGAGGACCUUGAUAAAAAAUUAGCACUAACCUCCAGGUUUUACAUCCCAGAGGGCUGCAUUCAAAGAUGGGCAGCUGAAAUGGUGGUAGCCCUUGAUGCUUUACAUAGAGAGGGAAUUGUGUGCCGCGAUUUGAACCCAAACAACAUCUUAUUGAAUGAUAGAGGACACAUUCAGCUAACGUAUUUUAGCAGGUGGAGUGAGGUUGAAGAUUCCUGUGACAGCGAUGCCAUAGAGAGAAUGUACUGUGCCCCAGAGGUUGGAGCAAUCACUGAAGAAACUGAAGCCUGUGAUUGGUGGAGUUUGGGUGCUGUCCUCUUUGAACUUCUCACUGGCAAGACUCUGGUUGAAUGCCAUCCAGCAGGAAUAAAUACUCACACUACUUUGAACAUGCCAGAAUGUGUCUCUGAAGAGGCUCGCUCACUCAUUCAACAGCUCUUGCAGUUCAAUCCUCUGGAACGACUUGGUGCUGGAGUUGCUGGUGUUGAAGAUAUCAAAUCUCAUCCAUUUUUUACCCCUGUGGAUUGGGCAGAACUGAUGAGAUGAACGUAAUACAGGGUUAUCUUCACACAUUCUGAUCUUCUCUGUGACAGGCAUCUCCAGCACUGAGGCACCUCUGCCUCACAGUUACUUAUGGAGCACCAAAGCAUUUGGAUAAAGACCGUUAUAGGAAAUGGGGGGGAAAUGGCUAAAAGAGAACAAUUCGUUUACAAUUACAAGAUAUUAGCUAAUUGUGCCAGGGGCUGUUAUAUACAUAACUUCGACCAAGGUGUGAUCUGAAUUUAAUCCACAUUUGGUGUUGCAGAUGAGUUGUAAAGCCAACUGAAAGAGUUCCUUCAAGAGGUUCCUCUGAUAGGAAGCUAGAAGUGUAGAAUGAAGUUUUACUUGACAGAAGGACCUUUACAUGGCAGCUAACAGUGCUUUUUGCUGACCAGGAUUGGUUUAUAUGAUUAAAUUAAUAUUUGCUUAAUAAUACACUAAAAGUAUAUGAACAAUGUCAUCAAUGCAACUUAAAAGUGAGAAAAAAGAAUAUACACAUAAUUUCUGACGGAAAACCUGUACCCUGAUGCUGUAUAAUUAAUGUAUGUUGAAUGUGGUCCCAGAUUAUUUCUGUAAGAAGACACUCCAUGUUGUCAGCUUUGUACUCUUUGUUGAUACUGCUUAUUUAGAGAAGGGUUCAUAUAAACACUCACUCUGUGUCUUCAACAGCAUCUUUCUUUCCCCAUCUUUCCAUUUUCUGCACCCUCUGCUUGUUCCCUCAUAUUCUGUUCUUCCGACUCCUGCUAACACACAUGCAACAAAAAAGGGAAGGGAGUGCUUAUUUCCCUUUGUGUAAGGACUAAGAAAUCAUGAUAUCAAAUAAACAUGGUGAAACAUUA